AUGGCCCUAGGAACCCCCAAACGCAAUCGCACCUCCUACAUUCAAUCCAAAUACGAUCAAAGGAAAAGCUUGGAACGGCGGGCCUCUAUCGCGUAUUCCUUGCUUGGUUUGGGAAUUGGAUUCGAUGAUCUUGACGAUGAUGUUGUUGUUGAUGAUUGCAGCUCAAUCGCAAGCCCUCCUUCGACUCCCACCCCUACCUCGCCACCAGGUUCUCCCAAGCCUGCUGAAGAAGCUCCACAAACUCCCUCAGAAGCCUCUACAGCGACCAGUCCUGGAAGAACCGCUCACUUUCUUUCUGCACGCAAGUCCUCCAAGCGAAGAUCUUCCACCAGCAAAUCAAUUGCCGAGUCUUUGGAUACUCUCACGAUGAUUCUAACAGAAGAAGACGACAAAGGCGACAACAAAGGUGACAACAGUGUCAUCGUUACUGCCGAGAGGACCAAGAGACGUUCCAACAGAUCCGUCAACGUUGUGGAAUCUCUGGAUGCACUCAAAUCGGCCGCUCAGCAGCAACAACACGAUGAAGAUAACUCCAUCGCGGCUACCAUGGAGCCACUUGACCCACCAUCUACUCCCAAGAAGCUGAAGAAGAACAAGUCUUCCAGAAGCCCUCUUAAAAGUCCCAAGAAGACAUCUUCUUCUAGGAGUCUCACAAAGAAUGCCAAGACGGACAAGAAGGACUCGAUCAAAUCCCCCAAGAAAUCGAAAGCUCCAAAGAGUCCUAAGAGCCCAAGGACGCCCAAAAAGAAAAAGUCCGAGAAGAAAGUCAAGAAGUUGUCCAAGCAUAUCGAUGAAGAGUCGACUCAUACUGCUCCUACUGUUGCUUCCGAAAGCAGUAGUGUACAGUCCUCUUUGGCAGGGAUCAUGAGAUUGAGUAGCCACAGCAGCAGCAUUACUACUCCAUCAAGAAAACGCCGCUCUGGCAGGAGGAAAUCAUCCUCCCUCCGCAGCUCGUUCUUGGUUCCCACCAGUGGACACUUGUCCAUCUUGGACGAUUCCUUCAACUUUGAUGACUUGGAUUUGCCCACAAAGCAACGAUCCAGUGUGACAUUUGCCGACUAUUCGGAAAUGACCAUUGUGGCAGAUCUUGGAGAGAGUGCACACCUUGAUGAUUUGUACUACAAGGAAGAUGAAUUGGCGGAAUUCCGACACGAUGCCUUCUUGGAAGACUGUGGCCUAGUAGACACGGACGAAUUCUGUUAUUGA